AGGCCGAGCUUUACAAAAAAUCGAUGGAAUUGACAGGGAUGAUUAACAAUUCUAAAAGUCGAUGCUGCGGUUAGCGACGUUAUCAGUGUUGUUCGUCUCUGCAACCCCGUUCUUCUUCGGUACCGGAGCAACGGGCGGCGGCUGCGGCUGCGCACCUCCGCCCAUAUGCCCUCCGGCUCCUCUGUGUCCUCCACCUCCUCCUGCACCUGUUUGUCCGCCACCAACAUCAUGCGGAGCGAGUUAUGCGGCUCCAGCAUUGCCUCCACCUCCUCCACCACUGCCAGUCCUUCCACCUAGCUACACUGGACCAUCCUACAAUCCACCAACUCCAGAACUACCACAGUCACCCGUAUAUGCUCCACCACAGGUACCCCCUGCUCCUCCUCCACCACCUCAAGACGUGCAGCCUAUUGUUGUACCAUUAGUCGCAUACCACCAGUCGCCUGCUGCUGCCACGGGACCAGCUUAUCAGCAACCUCCACCCCCUCCCAGUGGAUACCAGGGACCUGUAGCAUCAGCCCAAAGAGACUCUGCUGCACCUCAGGAGCUUGUCAGUAGUCUUCAACAUGAAGCAGCUGCAGAAGCUGCGGCAGCCGGUUCUAAGAAUGAAGAAGUGAUCGAGGAGCAGGAUCAGGCGCUGGAAAAAUCUGGCGUAGAAAUAACGACUGAGACCCCCACUGAUGUUGGUGAUAGCACUUCGACCGCAGCCACAGAAACCGCAGUUCAAGAAAUUGAGGAGAAAGUCGUGGACAUAACAAAUCUUAAGCUGACCGACGAUCCUCUCUGUAACUCUGAAGAUUUGAGGAAGCUCAUGCUCGAGAACAUCGACGACAAUCUCAACAGCUCCAAACGAUUGAUCCAACUUGCGGCCGAAGCCCAAUUUGGAGGCAGAUUCGACGUUAUCUGCGCUAAUGGAGACUUCAGUUAUGUUACGAAUACGGAAUUGUUCUGCCAAGAAACGAAGGGAGACAUCUCUUGCUAUACUUACAGACAAUUAUAAUACUGUCGAAUCCCUCAUGUAAACAAGCAUAGAGGUCUUUUUGAUCUCUGUUUUACAGAUGUGUUUAUACAUAUUGUUCUAGCAUUGUUUGUUAUGUAGGUGUCUUCGACUGCCUGCUGUACUUAUUCAUUGUCCUCCUUUGGUUGUGU